GAAAAAACCCACAUGAAGGAAAUAAUUUCCAUGAGAUUUGACCCUAUCAAGGGACAGACAGGGGGUGGUGCAUGUCCGGAGGUCAGGUAAGGUGGGAAAAAAAAAAGGGAGAAGGAUGCAGGGGUAUUAUCUGCAUUGUAGAUAAUGAUAGAUGUAUCGGUAAUUGGGUGUUCUCGUUCUGUGCCGGAGGGUUAUUUGAUAUGAUUGUUUCUACUCAUUUGGUUUUAUCUGAUUGAUCCAAUGUCGCCCCCAAUCGAAAGGAUAUCGAAUACCUAUAGUCCGAUCAGUAUAGAAGAGUCGUUCGUCCAGCUUCAUGAACUCUUCCGAGCCAGUCAGAGUCCACUUUCCCAGACUUUCCUAGCCUCAAUCCGAAAAUUCCAAUUCCAAUUCCAAUUCCAAUUCCAAAAAGAAAA